AUGUCCGAUUUUGGUGAUGAUGACGUUGGCGUUGGCGGCGACGAGCCGGUUCUCGAAGACGAGGAAAUCACCGAGUACUACGAAGCCGAGGUCAUGGACGAGGACGGCGAGCGGGCCGACAACGGCGACGACGCGGACCACGUCGUCAUCUCUGGCGACCCCUCGGCAGCGGCCAACGCCGUCAAGGGCGGCGAGAAAUCCGUCAAGGACAAGAAGAUUCCCGAGAACGAGCGCACGACCACGCCUUACAUGACGAAAUACGAGCGAGCGCGCAUUCUGGGCACGCGAGCUCUGCAAAUCAGCAUGAACGCUCCGGUGCUGGUGGAUCUCGAAGGCGAGACGGAUCCGCUCCAGAUCGCCAUCAAGGAGCUGCGGGAGAAGAAGAUUCCGCUGAUUGUGCGACGGUACCUCCCGGACGGGUACUACGAGGACUGGACGUGCGAAGAGCUGCUGCAAUGA